UCUCAUAAAGGUGUCGCGCAGGUUCCGCCUCGACUCGUCAUUCAGCCGCCCCCGGCCUGGCGCCGCCGCCGUUCUCCUCCGCGGCCCGGCCCGCCCCCUCUCGUGGUGCAGCCGGCCGGCGUGAGCGGUGACCGCGCUCCCGCCCCAGCUCAUCCGCGGCACCGGUUUCCCUCCCCGCCCCUUCCUUUCCCCCCGCUUCCCCCCCCGCCCCAGCUCCUUCUCCCGCCGGCCGGGCCCCGGAGCGCCGCCGCCGUCGGGGUGUGAGCGGGGCCCGGCGCCGUGCCGGGCCGUCCCUUCACCGGCGGGGCCAUGGCCGCGAGCGCCAAGCGGAAGCAGGAGGAGAAGCACCUGAAGCUGCUGCGGGAGAUGAGCAGCCUCCCGCCCAACCGCAAGUGCUUCGACUGCGACCAGCGCGGCCCCACCUACACCGACAUGACGGUGGGCAGCUUCGUGUGCACCUCCUGCUCCGGCAUCCUACGGGGCUUGAAUCCACCCCACAGAGUGAAGUCGAUUUCAAUGACUACUUUCACACAACAGGAAAUAGAAUUUCUGCAGAAACACGGAAAUGAAGUGUGCAAACAGAUCUGGCUAGGCCUAUUUGAUGAUAGAUCAUCAGCAAUUCCAGACUUCAGGGAUCCACAGAAAGUAAAGGAAUUUCUACAGGAAAAAUAUGAAAAGAAAAGAUGGUAUGUUCCUCCGGAGCAAGCAAAGGUGGUGGCAUCAGUCCAUGCAUCCAUAUCAGGGUCUUCUGCUAGUAGUACAAGCAGCACACCUGAGGUGAAGCCACUCAAAUCUCUCUUGGGAGAAACUGCACCCACACUGCACUUAAACAAGGGCACACCGAGCCAAUCUCCUGUUGUAGUUCGAUCUCAAGGACAGCAGCAACAAGAAAAGAAACAAUUUGACCUCCUCAGUGACCUUGGCUCAGAUAUCUUUGCUGCUGCUCCUCCUCAGUCAACUGCUACAGCAAAUUUUGCUAAUUUUGCACACUUCAACAGUCAUACAGCGCAGAACUCUGCAAAUGCAGGUUUUGCAAACUUUGAUGCAUUUGGACAGUCUAGUGGCUUGAGUAAUUUUGGAGGUUUCCCCACAGCAAGUCAGUCUUUUCAGCCCCAAAAUACAGCGUUCAGAACGCUUUCAUCUAGCUGCAGUUUUGGUGAAUUUACUUCAGCUUUUCCUCUCCAGGCUGUACACAGUGGAGGUGCUGGAUCAGCGAAUGCUAACUUUGCUCACUUUGACAACUUCCCCAAAUCCUCCAGUGCUGAUUUUGGAGCCUUCAAUGCUUCUCAGAUUAACACAACAGCAUCUGCAGCCAGUAAAGCUGCAGUGAAUAAACCCAAUCUCCAGUCAGCUGACAAAUAUGCAGCUCUUGCUAAUUUAGAUAAUAUCUUCAGCGCAGGGCAAGGUGGUGGUGAGCAAGGAAGUGGCUUCAGUACAGUUGUGUCAGCAUCAGCAGGUCCUGCGUUGGCAGCUGCAAAUCAGUCAAGUGCAUCUUCAGACAAGUAUGCGGCUCUAGCAGAAUUAGACAGCGUGUUCAGCUCCACAGCAACCUCUACUAACGCAUAUACUUCCCCCAGUAAUGUUAACAGCAAUGCUUUUGGAACAGUACCCGUGGCUGCUACUGCACAGACACAACCUGCAUCUUCAAGUGUGCCUGCUCCCUUUGGAGCAACACCUUCCACAAAUCCAUUUGUAGCUGCCCCUGUUGCCCCAGUGGCACCUUCAACAAAUCCAUUCCAGACCAAUAGCCGAGGAGCAACAGGCCUCUCGGGAGCAAUGCACUCUCACAUAUUUCCUCAGGCUCAUUUUGCUGCAACAUUUGGUACUGCAUCCAUGAGCAUGCCUGCGGGAUUUGGAACUCCUGCCUCCUACAGUCUUCCUACCAGCUUUAGUGGCAACUUCCAGCAGCCCACAUUCCCAACCCAGGCAGCUUUCCCUCAACAGACUGCUUUUGCGCAGCAGCCAAAUGGAGCAGGUUUUGCUGCAUUUGGACAGGCAAAGCCUGUAGUAACUCCUUUUGGACAAGUUGCAGCUGUUGGAGUAUCUAUUAACCCUUUUAUGGCUGGUGCACCAACAGGACAAUUUCCAACAGGAAGCUCUUCAACCAAUCCUUUCUUAUAGCCUUAUAGACACUUUACCCAAAAGAACUCUUAUGUGGUCACAUAACAUCUCUGCGCCUCUUGCACUGUUGUCUUGUUUCACUGAUAUUAGCUUUAAACACAAAAGAAGUCUUUAAGAAGUAUAAAUAAAAGCCUGCAUUGUGUACCUUUAAAAACAAAAUUAAAAAAUUUACACAAAAAAACCCAACAAAAUCACCCCCCCCACCAGGUAAUAAUGUGCAAAACAGAGGGCUGUGGUAACAUCCUUGAACCUAUGAACUGGCAGGUAAAAAGUAGCGGUAUCAUGUAUAUUAAAAUUGGCUAAUAAGUUAUUGCAGAUACCACAUUCAUUAUGCUGCAGUACUGUACAUAUUUUUCUUAGAAAAUAGCUAUUUGUGCAUAUCAGUAUUUGUAACUUUAACACAUUGUUAUGUGAAAAAUGUUACUGGGAAAUAGAUCAGCCACCCUAAGGUGCUGUUGUAUCUCUUGGAAUGAAUGAUCUACAUCAUUUUAACCAUUGGUAUUGGAGGUCAUGAAGUUAAAUUGAAGGUUCGUUCAUUUCUCAAAACGUUUUUCUUUCCUAAGAGCUCUUCUAUUUAUACAUGCCUAAAUCUCUAAUGUUAGAGGGAUACCUGUCUGCAUAAUAAAGCUGAUCAUGUUUUGCUACAGUUUGCAGGUGAAAAAAAAUAAAUAUUAGAAAAAGCAA